CUCUUUUCUGAAUGAUUAAGCCAAGCUUCCCAUAACAUUUCACUAGCAAGUAGGGCUAUGACAGACUGCUAACAACAAAGUGAAAUCUGCUGUGAAAAAAAAAACCCAGGAAAAAAUGAGAAAAGAAGAAAACAAUGAUCCCAGAGAUGUGCAAAGAAAAGGAAAAGCCAAGAUGCAACUCAAAAGAAAUAUAGGUUAUUUUGAUGGGGUAAGUUUUAUUAUAGGAUCAAUUGUUGGAGCAGGGAUCUUCGUGUCUCCCACAGGGGUGUUAAAACAUUCCUUGCUCAAUGUUGGCGUUGCACUAACGAUCUGGACUGCAUCUGGGCUGGUGUCUCUGAUGGGUGCCCUCUGCUAUGCGGAGCUGGGAACCGCUCUGCCCUUCUCUGGAGGAGAAUACAGCCAUAUUAAAAGAGGCCUUGGAUCCCUACCCGCCUUCGUGUUUAUCUGGACAUCAAUGUUCACCAAGCCAGCAUCAAAUGCUGCUCGAGCCUUGCUGUUUGCUGAAUAUGCCACGCAGCCUUUCUAUGGCAUUUGUCCCGCACCAGAUGUGCUGAAGAAGUGCUUGGCCUUGGCCGUUCUCUGGUCCCUGGGGAUUUUGAAUGGCCUCAGUGUCAAAAUGUCUGCAUGGGUGCAGACAGUUUUCACUCUGCUGAAGAUGAUGGCCUUGUCUGUGAUUGCUGUCGGUGGCAUAGUUCUCCUCAUUACAAGGCAAAAGGAGAGUCUGGCCAGGUUUGAGGACAUGUUCAGCUCAGAGAUUCCCAACGCCUCGCAGGUUGCUGAAGCCUUCUUCCAGGGGCUGUACGCGUACGGGGGCUGGUGGUCACUCAACUACAUGGCAGAAGAGAUGAAAUGCCCCAGCAGAAAUAUCCCCUUAACUGUGAUGACUGCUGUUCCUGCAGUAAUUGUUUUUUAUUUACUAGUGAACAUCUCAUAUCUGACUGUCCUCACACCUAAGGAAAUUGUCUCCUCAGUUGCUGUGGCAGUCACUUGGGCUGAUCGAGUGAUCCCCUCUGUUGCCUGGAUCAUUCCUCUCUCUGUUGCUGUCUCAAUAUUUGGUGCCCUCAACUGCAGCAUGUUCACACUUGGUCGAUUAAGCUAUGCUGGAAGUCAGUCAGGACAUUUACCUCUUUUAAUAUCCAUGCUUAAUGUCCACUCCUAUACGCCAGCACCAGCCAUGAUUUUUUCAACCACCAUUGCAUCCAUUUUUAUCAUCCCCUCUGACCUUAUUAUGUUAACAAAUUACUUUGGAUUUUCUGCCUGGCUUAUGACUGGAUUGACUUGUGCAAGCCUGAUUGUACUUCGAUACCGGGAACCUCAUCUACACCGACCAUACAAAGUGUUUUUACCAGUUCCAUUUAUGAUGGUGGCGAUGUCUUUCUUCCUAGUUCUAGCUCCCAUAGUCUGGUCUCCAAACAUGCAAUAUGUUUACGCUUUCCUGUUUAUGCUUGGAAGUCUUAUUUUUUAUCUGCCUUUUGUACACUUUAAAUUGCAUUUUGCAUUUCUUGAUAAAAUUACUUGCCACUUACAGCUCCUGUUAGAAGUCUGUCCUGCUGAUGGACCUGCUGAGGGCAAAUGUGAAUAAUGGCAGAUAAUUAAUCUCAGUACAACUAAGAGCCAACAGAGGAUUUUGUUUAACCAAGACUGUAAACAGUACAACUUAGAUGUUGGUGUGAUACACAGGUAUGCAUGCAUGCAUAUACAUAUACAGAUGUAUACACAUAUAUUGCAAACAUGCAGAUAUAUGUACGUAUAGGCACAGAAUCACAGAAUGAACUAGGUUGGAAAAGACCUUUGACACCAUCAAGUCAAACCUAUGAGCAAAUACCUCCUCAUCAAUUAAACCAUGGCAUUAGCAUAAUAAGUUAACAUGUAUAUGUUUCUUUUUGUUUGUAUAAGUACAUAAAUAUAUAUGCAUAAUAUUAUAAUAGGUGCAAAAGAUCUCUCUUAAACUUGCAAAAUAUGUAAAAUGCUCUCUUCUGCUCCUGAAAACACAGUUAAAAGUUGCAUAGAGUCUUGCAAUAAUAGAAAUAAGACUCAAUCAGACAAGCACAAAUAAUUAGCAGUAUUAUCAUACAAUAAGUGAAUAAAUACAGAAUAGCAUAAUAAUAAAAAUACACUCACACUUUGAACUAAAUUGUCUCAAUUAUUCUUAGUUUGCAGUAGCUCAUUGAUUAGAACUUCUGGUUUUUACGACUUUAUAUUUUUUUCAUCUGCUACUUUUUGGCAUUAAUUUAUUUUUAAUAAAAACUUUUGAAGACUGUCAUAAAGUUGACUCAUCUUUUUAAAUAGCAAGAAAAUUGGACAUGGUGCAUCUCAGCUAUUUUAGAACAACACAUACAAAUUCAAGGAAAAACCUUCAAUGGAUCAAGUAAGACAAUAAAAAUUAUUUAUAAUUUUCAUCACAGAAAUAAAAACUAAAGAUAUGUAGAUUCCUUUACUAAAUCAUUUACACCUUAGCAUUAAUAUUACUUUACUCCUUGCUUUCUUUUUGGUGUUAUUGAGAAGUAAGAGCUUUUUUAAGCCUCCUCCUCUCCAUUUUUAUUUUGUUUAUGAAAGCAAGAUAAAUUAAUUCUUUUUUCUUCUGAUAAUUGGGCCAUAUAAAGCUCACAGAUUAUUUAAUCUUAAAAAUACAUAAAAAGUACAUAAAACCCAUCAUGUAUGUAGGUGAUUAUUAAUAUAUGCUGCUUUUUAAAUAAUUACAAUAGAAUUACAAAUGUAAAGUGAUUUUCCAAAUCUGGCAAUGAAAGAUCAGCUGCUCAACCAGCAGAUGGCCCCAGCCGAACAUCACUCUACACCCUGAUCUCUGGUUUGAAGGAUGUUGUACUGGUGAAACUGUCUUUCAGGGCACUGUAUUAUAACACAGUAGAAUGACAAAAAUCUUGCUACAAUACUGGAUUCACUGAUGUAUAACAAUUUUAGAGAUUGGAAUGACAGAUAAAGAAUUCUUCAUAGCUACCCAAAAUCUAGGAUGGCCAUCAAUAAAACCAGAGAUCAACUGAAGGUUUAAGAGGAUUUGACUUUGCGCUGGAAUGAACCCCCAAAUUAAAAAAAAAAAAACGUGUAGAAAGUGUUUUUUAUCAAGGUGAUAAUGCACACAGAAUGAAAAUUUGAAGAAAAAAUUAUGCCUUUUAACAAGCUGUGUGAAGAGAAGUUCAUACAAGUGAGGACUGCAGUGUAUACAGCUGAGCUGGAGACUGGAUCCUGCUGAAUGCAACAAAGGAAUCAAUGUUUAAUUUCACUUAAUAGUGCUAUUGGAGAAACAUUUCUCUAUUUAAAUUCAAAACAUCAUGAGACUCAUCAACAUUGUAGAGGAGUUAUAUUUUAAAAGCGGAAUUGUAAAUGGAAGAAAUAAUUUUACUGUGAUGAAUCAUCCAUCAGUGAUUUGUAAAUACAGGUGUGGCAGUGUCACAGAUUUUCAACUGAACUUAUGAGUAAUUUAUUUAAAUCUAUAUUUUAAUAUGUAAAAGAAAAGUGGAAGCUGUAAGGAAAAAAAGUUUAUGUAACAAUAAUACUGUGUUGUACACCAGAUGAUUAGGAAAAGCAAGCAUCAGGGGGAAAUUGCUCAUUUGAGUGUGUUGUUUCCAUGUAAUUUCUAGUCAGUUUGUCAACUAUCUAUUUAAUUCCCUAAUGAGUUGGGUACCCACUGAUAACAUAUGUCAGGGUAUGUUUGGGAAAUUGGAGCAUGUAUUUGUUAAUGAUACAAACUUCAAAUAUAGAGGUUUAGCAGUUCCAACCCGUCAGGGAACUCUAAAGUCCCAAUGAAAUGUAAUAUGAAAUAAAUUGCAUUUAUGUAUCUUUCUAGAAUAUGAAGUAGAUAGUUUUUGUUUUAACAAAAAUCUAGAAAAUGGCACAUAAACGUACAAGACGAGAAGAUUUAGAAUUGGUCAGAAUUAAAAAUGUCCAUGCAGGCUUAAGCCCCUCUGCAAAGGCAUCUUUCAAUGGCCUUGCAUAAUCAGAUCAUAAACUAUUCUUUCUAAAUACACUUACCUCAUUUAUUUGAAUGAAUGGAUGGUGCCAAAUAAUUCACUAUCAUUUUCUCCCCAUUUCAGCGUGUGAGCUUGCAUUUUGUUUACCACUAUAUGCUCAAAUGCUGCUCUUGAUAGACAUUGUUGAUAUCUGACAGACUUUUCUAUGGUGUUCCUCAUGACAGCACCUAGGCACUUCACAACCAACCACUAAUUUCUCUUGACUGUCAUGAGCUGUGUCAGUGUUAUCAUCUUUGCUUGCUGAAAGUAAGUUAAGCUGAUGUGUCGGUUGCACAAGAAAUCAGUUUUGUGAUGUUCCCUGAGAUCCUUCAAAUACCUGGAUGGAAAAGCAUAUAUGGAGAUUAAGUCCAAGUAUGGAUGUUUAUCUUAGGAACAGGGCAAAGAACCAGGGAAUUGGUGAACAUACACUAUACAGACACUAUAUACAGAUUUCCAUUUUCUUUCAUUCCAGCUUUUAGAUGGAAACAAAGGAAGUAUGACCAAAAUUGCUCACUAACUUUGGAUUCUUAAGAUGGGGUACCUUGGAGCUGAUUUUUGGUAGUAAUUAGUAAGUUCAGACUGCCUUUAGUCCCCUGGAACUAAGUUCCAAGAAUACUAUAAAAACGAAAAGAGGACAAAUUAUCACAGCCACUUUGGUUUAGAUGAAUAGCUGGUAUCCUUUUCCUCAACUUCUGACUAACUGUGGGUAGCUGCAAUUCCUUUAAGACUUGCAGUCUACUAAAUGUUAAAUUACAGCUAUGAGAUUCUAAAAUUCCAUGAAUCAAGCAUGAGGAUUUAAAGUUUGGUAUAGAUAAUGGGGAAAACAGAAUUAAUUGCAAUUUUCAAAAAUUGUGAUUUAAACUAUUCCAGUAUGGCCAUGGAAUUUUAUAAAAAAAGAGCAAUGUGUAUUCUUCUGGGCAAUACUCAAAUUCCUAGAUCCAGCAACUGUUCUGCAAGUGCUACAUCAUUCAUGACAUGAAAUUCCUCUUCUUCUACAGCAAAUGAGGGAUUGGCUGCCUCACAUUUAGCAUAUUCUCCAACACAAAUGUUGACUUAUUCCAAGAUCUGAGAGAGACAGGAUUUUCUGAAAAAGAAUGCUCUCAUUAAAUGACCCCUGUUGGAAAGGGAUUCACACAGCUGAGCUGAAUUAGCAUUAUAAAAGCAAUCCCAGAUAUGGUAUUGCCCAUCCCCUGAAUAUGAGUCACUGAUGUUCUCUUAAUGCAGAUUUUCUUUUGCCUGAGUGUUUCAGAAUGCUAAAUCACAAAGAAGCAAAUACACUAUUAAAUGUAUAAAGAUUUCUUAUUGUUGCUGGCUCAUUCCACAUCUCCAAGCAGUAAGCAUAAAGGAAUAGAAUUCAAAUUUAUAACUCAUGUUAGCUAUUCUGACCAAGAGCAAUUCAAUAUUUUAACAUUAUAGCUUGUUUCAGUUGGUCUCAGCUGCUUUCCUACUUGAAUAUAUCCCAGAAAAUGCUAUAUGGAAAAUGCUAUAUGCGACUUUUAUUGCUAGACUGUAUCAGACAUUUAUUUCUUUUUAAUUUUUUUUGUCUUUGACUUCUGAAUUCUUUUAUGCUUAUGCACACUUGCAUGUUUCAGAACUUCAGCCUUACAACAAGUAAAGAUAGAAUGUGGAUAAUAUUUUAUCAAUACUGUACUGACUGGUCCAUUUUGACAUGUAAUCUCCCUAUCUGUUUUUCUAGGUUUCUAACACAAUAUUUUUAUGUAUGCCUGCAAUGCCUUUUUUUUUUUUUUUUGGUCCUUUAUCUCCUUAAAAAGACAAUGUAAAAUACAAAAUUAUUAUCAGUAUUAUUAAAAAAAUUACUUGCAAUUAUGCAUCAUGCUAAUUCCAUGUGUGCUGACUGCUUUACAAAAAAAUAAAUCGCCCUGAGGCAAACCCCAGAAAUUGUACAAAGAAAGAAAAAACCCAGCAAUUAUUUGUUUUACUUUCCUUUUCAUAGUUAGUGUUAACUGUGAUUCCAAUAAAAUGAUGAUCAGCUAAUGCUGAACAGCUGUACAUGUUUUUUUGUGAUUUGAUGUGGGAUAUUUGGUUGGAACCUCUGGGUUAAUAGGGGAGGAUGUGUGUGUAGCUGUUAGGCCAUGAGCUGUUCAGACCUCCCAACUUCUGCUCUUAUGUUUGCUACAUGUACUGUGGAUAUUGCUAAGAUUGCCUACAUCUCAGUUUCCACAUAUGCCAAACCAGAAAC